AUAAAGCUUAUCCAUUUUUUCUCUCUUUCUUUUUGCUGUAAAAUGAAUGCAUACACACACAAACCUGCUGAUCUGAGUUUUAAGGCAUUUCAUUCAUCAUGUACAGUGUGUCCGACUCAAGAUUACACAAAGGCUAUUUUUUUUCUCGACUUCACGUUUUCUUUUCUUUCUUUCUUUUAUUUCAUACCUAUAGACCGUCAUGGAUGAAAGUAUCAGCCCUGCUUUGAUGCGACUUCGCAACAAGCCCGAAACACCCCGUAUCGAUUUCUCAGUGUUCACACAAGAAGAUGGCACUGUUGUUAGUACAAAAGAUCGUGUUAUUAAAGAUGUCCCUGCACCUGCUGUAACAUUACCGGCGGACGAAGAAUUUUGGAGCAAAGAGAGACCUGGAUUGCCCGACAUAAAAUUCUUGAAGGAUCAUUUUUACAGAGAAGGAAGGUUGACUGAAGAACAAGCAUUAUAUAUUCUCGAGAAAGGUACCGAGAUCUUAAAGACGGAACCUAAUCUUUUAGAAGUGGGCGCACCUAUCACAGUCUGUGGCGAUAUUCAUGGUCAAUAUUAUGAUUUAAUGAAAUUGUUUGAAGUGGGAGGCGAUCCUGCUAAUACGACUUAUCUUUUUCUCGGUGAUUAUGUUGAUCGAGGCUAUUUCUCAAUUGAGUGUGUUUUGUAUCUUUGGUCACUCAAGAUGUGGUAUCCCAACAGCUUCUUUUUACUUCGAGGUAAUCAUGAGUGCAGGCACUUGACGGAUUAUUUUACUUUCAAGAUUGAGUGUCGUCACAAAUACACCGAAAGUGUCUAUGAAGCAUGUAUGAAUUCCUUCUGUUCCUUGCCAUUGGCUGCCAUUAUGAAUAGACAGUUCUUAUGUAUUCAUGGCGGUCUUUCUCCUGAAUUACAGACAUUGGACGAUUUAAAAAAGAUUGAUCGAUUCCGUGAACCACCUACGCACGGCCUUAUGUGUGAUAUUCUUUGGGCAGAUCCACUAGAGGAAUUCGGACAAGAAAAGAACAACGAGACGUUUAUUCAUAAUCAUGUCCGAGGUUGUUCCUAUUUUUUUAGUUAUCAUGCUGCUUGUCAAUUCUUGGAAAGAAAUAAUUUAUUGUCCAUCAUUCGUGCUCAUGAAGCACAGGACGCCGGAUACCGUAUGUAUAGAAAGAGUAAAACAACCUCGUUUCCUUCAGUCAUGACUAUUUUCUCCGCACCUAAUUACCUUGAUGUGUACAACAACAAAGCAGCUGUGCUGAAAUACGAAAAUAAUGUGAUGAAUAUUCGUCAAUUCAACUGUACUCCUCAUCCUUAUUGGUUACCCAAUUUUAUGGAUGUGUUCUCUUGGAGUUUACCUUUUGUUGGUGAAAAAAUUACCGAUAUGCUUAUUGCUGUACUUAAUGUAUGCAGUAAAGAAGAACUUGCGGACGACGACAAGAAACUUUUGGAAGACAAGACAAACAACGUACCCGAUGAUGCAGAACAACGCAGGAUUGUCAUUCGAAAUAAAAUCAUGGCUGUUGGCAAGAUCUCGCGCGUAUUCUCUGUUUUACGUGAGAACUCUGAGCGUGUGAUGGAAUUGAAGUCAUUAUCACCUACUGGUAAGCUGCCUUUGGGUACAUUGGCUUUAGGUGUGGAAGGACUUAAAUCAGCUAUUACUACAUUCGAGGAAGCUAAGCGAUCCGAUUUGGAAAAUGAACGUUUACCACCUACUCGUGAAGUCAAGGAACAAUUACUAAGAGAAGAGACCGAUAAUAAAAUCCGUACUGUAGUAGAAGAAGAAGAUCAAGCCAUGGAAGAAGUUGUUGAUGCCAUGUUUGAUUAAUAAAAAAAAAAGUCCCGAGAAACUUGUCCUUAUUGUUUGUUACGUAUGACAAGUAUGAAGAAAAAGGAAAGCUAUAAACAUUUA